AUGGGCUUGCUGCAGGGCCUUCUCGAAGCAAGAAAGCUGCUAUUGGUCAUCUGUGUGCCGCUGCUGCUGCUGCCUCUGCCCACCAUCUACCCCACCAGUGAGGCUGCGUGUGCUUAUGUGUUGCUUGUGACCGCCGUGUACUGGGUGUCCGAGGCGGUGCCUCUUGGAGCAGCAGCCCUCGUACCUGCCUUCCUCUACCCGUUCUUCGGAGUUCUCCGAUCCAGUGAGGUGGCGGCCGAGUACUUCAAGAACACCACACUGCUGCUGGUGGGUGUCAUCUGCGUGGCGGCCGCCGUGGAGAAGUGGAAUUUGCACAAGCGCAUCGCCCUGCGUAUGGUCUUGAUGGCUGGAGCCAAGCCAGGCAUGCUGCUGCUGUGUUUCAUGUGCUGCACCACCAUGCUGUCCAUGUGGCUCUCCAACACCUCCACCACCGCCAUGGUGAUGCCCAUCGUGGAGGCCGUGCUGCAGGAGCUGAUCAACGCCGAGGAGGAGCAGCUGGUAGCGGGCACCUCCAUCCCUGAGGAGGCGGAGCUUAUGGGUCUUGAUGUAAACAACAGACAAACUUCUGUGGAACUCAUCUUUGUCAACGAAGACACACCAACUGCAGACUUCACUUCUCUGAUGCAGAACAAGAACCUAAACGGUGUGCCCAUGGUCACCAAACCUGUCCAAACAACAAACCAGCAGCAACCAAAGAGGCAGCAUUCAUCACAGGAGAAGCCAGGAGUCCUGACCUCCAGCUCCAAGAACCAAGAACCGAACAGGAAGAAGUACAGAUCCCACCACGACCAAAUGAUCUGCAAGUGCCUUUCUCUGAGCAUAUCCUACGCCGCCACCAUUGGUGGCCUGACCACCAUUAUUGGCACAUCCACCAGCCUCAUCUUCCUAGAGUAUUUCAACAACCAGUACCCAGCGGCAGAGGUGGUGAACUUCGGGACCUGGUUCCUCUUCAGCUUCCCCAUCUCCCUCCUCAUGCUGGUGGUCAGCUGGUUCUGGAUGCACUGGCUCUUCCUGGGCUGCAACUUUAAAGAGACCUGUUCUCUGAGCAAGAAGAAGAAGACCAAACGGGAAGAGCUGUCGGAGAAGAGGAUCCGGGAGGAAUAUGAAAAGCUGGGAGACAUUAGUUACCCUGAAAUGGUGACUGCAUUUUUCUUCAUCCUGAUGACGGUGCUGUGGUUUACCAGGGAGCCUGGCUUUGUCCCUGGCUGGGAUUCGUUCUUUGAAAAGAAAGGCUACCGCACUGAUGCCACAGUCUCUGUAUUCCUGGGCUUCCUGCUCUUCCUCAUUCCAGCAAAGAAGCCGUGCUUUGGGAAGAAGAGAGACGGGGCAAGCCAGGAGCCCACCCAGGGGAUAGAGCCCAUCAUCACAUGGAAGGACUUCCAGAAAACUAUGCCCUGGGAGAUUGUCAUCCUGGUAGGAGGAGGUUAUGCCCUGGCAUCUGGCAGCAAGAGCUCGGGCCUCUCCACGUGGAUCGGGCACCAGAUGCUGUCUCUGAGCAGCCUCCCACCGUGGGCUAUCACUCUCCUGGCAUGUGUCCUGGUGUCCAUUGUCACAGAGUUUGUCAGCAAUCCAGCCACCAUCACCAUCUUCCUGCCCAUCCUGUGCACCCUGUCGGAAACGCUGCACAUCAAUCCACUGUACACCCUGGUCCCCGUCACCAUGUCUAUCUCCUUUGCUGUGAUGUUGCCUGUGGGCAACCCCCCCAAUGCCAUCGUCUUCAGCUACGGGCACUGCCAGAUCAAAGACAUGGUGAAAGCUGGCCUGGGAGUCAAUGUCAUUGGCCUGGUGAUAGUGAUGGUGGCCAUCAAUACUUGGGGAGUCAGCCUCUUCCACUUGGACACUUUCCCAGCCUGGGCUAAGGUCAGCAACAUCACCGAUCAGACCUAACACAAGUGGACAGUUAACCAGCACAUCCAGAGCUGAGCCACAGGCAAACUAAGCCAGCAGGCGCGCACAGCCCAGACCGCCCAGACCCGUAUGGAGGACAUCCCUGUCACCAGAUUCCUCCACCUGCCACCAGAUGUGUGGGUGUGUCUCCUUCCCAGCCUGCUUCCCCUAGAACCAACUCUCAAGAAAGCUUCUCUCUCUCU